UAUGAUUGCGGCGAGUGCAGGGUCAAAGACGCCGUAGUACCGUUCAGCGAUCACCGAUGUCAACUCCCGUGAAAAGACGUUCAUCAGCACAAUUAGACCCUGCAACUCCAACUGAAGGCGGUGCAACCGCACUCGAAUCAUCUUUACUGCACUUUCUCCAUCAACACCACAUCACCGCGGCCUCCCUCCGCCAUCAAACUGAGAAAUCCAAAAAAGAAGCCAUUAGAGCGGGGAAUCGAGUGUCGGUAUUACUGGUAGAUGCUGUUAAUGGCGGAGUUCAAGAAUCUUUUCUAUAUCAAAAACAGAUUGAAAUGGAAAUUCGAUCUUUAACUACGACAAUUAAUCGGUUUCACAAACAAACUCAGCAAUGGCUGACUGCAUCUCACUCACUCAACACUGCCAUCAAGGAAAUUGGGGAUUUUGAGAAUUGGAUAAAAGUUAUGGAAUACGAUUGUAAAAGUAUCACUACUGCUAUCCGCAAUAUUCAUCAAAACUGAAACGAAUUUCAUUUCAUUCUUUCUGUAAUUGAUGCAAAUUUUUUUGUAUAUCCUGAUUUUGUAAGUUUUUUUUUAUUAUUAUUUUUUUAUUUUCUUUUAUAUAUUUUUUUAAUGUUACUGGUGUUAUAUGGAGUAUAUUGAUAAGCAUAUUUUUAAAAAUAGUGUGUCUGAUCAUAUGCAACUGAUCUAGUCUCCUGUAUUUAGAGCCAUCAUCUCAUUUGUGCUACAACGAUUUAUGAAUGAUGACUGUUUUUUAUCUGUCCUAUAUGGUUGUUUACACAUAGUUGUGUGCCCAAUUUGGCUUGAGUUCCUGUUUAAUACUAGUAUGAAUUUUUGUUUGUUUAGUUUUGUUGAAACCAAGCUAUAACGUUUUGCUGGCAAAAACCUUUAAUAUUUCUGUUCUAUAUGAUUGUGUGUCUUCAUACUCCCCUUCUUAUAUCAAGUAAUGGAAAGAGUUUGAGAUAUCUGUAGUUAUGAAAGUUUCGAAUGAUGUGAUGACUUAUUUAGAGAUUGAGGGAGUAGAAGAAAGGAGGUAAUGACUUCACUGAUCACCUUAGUUUAAAAGCUCGCCAUUGUGUGUCUAAGACGAGCACUUGGGCGGGCUAUGGAUUAGGCAUCUUGAUAGGGUUAGACGAGGUUCAUAGUCUCUAAGUCGAGUGCCUUACAGCUCAUUUUAGACUUAGUCGCAGAAGGAGCUCAUUUCUAGUUGGCACCCGCCAAGAAUGUUUUUUUUUCAAUUCUUCUUCAUUUCUCUUCUUUUUGUUUUCUGAUUUAGUUUGGAGUGUUGGACACUUUCUUUUCUGGGUUUUGGGAUGCAUCUCAUACCCAAAGGUACUUAAGGGCACCUUGUGCCAUUAAAACUUAGCUGAUUACCUCUUGGUUCUAGUUUGCUGUGAAUUUUUCACUGGUGUACAAUGUACUGCUGAGUGCUGUGAGACAACCAAUCAAUUGACACAAAGAAAUCCAACCUGUGGACUAUGGGUGCCCAACUAUGUUACUUAAACUCGCGUGUGUCGCUCGGAAGCUAUUGGAGAUCAGAGGAUCAGACACGCAACACAAGGGCUGAGUAGGAGUGUCAAAAUAACAGACAAUGGGAAAUAAGGGAUGCAUCAGGUAUCUAAGUAUGUGGAAGAAAGAAAAUGCUUACUGCAAUUGAAAUGAUUAGCCGGACCAUUUAUCAUUUUAUGGUGUAAGAGAAAAUGUUAAUUUAGUGGGGCUACUACACUCUGAUUCAGGUUGGUGCAUUUGGAGCUAAUUGAAUUACUUAUUUAGUCCAGUUCUUUAUCCGUCUUCUAACUCCUACAGUUUCUAGUGAUAAAAAAAUGUCACAUAUACAGUUUGAACUUUCUGAAAUUGUAUCCUUUUGGUUAAUUAGCUCAAUUCUUACUAAGCUCUUGAGAUUUUUUACUAAUUGAUAAAGAUUAUUAAACGUGGCAGAUGAUUUUUUUAGUAAAAUGCCUUAAUAAAACAUUUGCGCUUUUUAUGUAUGUGAAGUUGCAAAUGAUGCUUGCAAUCAAGAACAAUCUCUUUGUUGUUACUAGGGUAAGAUUGUGUAAAUCCGAACUCUAAUUUCUCCUUGAUUGGAGUCUUUGGACAUUGGAGUAUUGACAUGUUGAUAUCAAUUAAAUAGUCCAAGCCUACAACUACAGUCUGUUACUCGGACUCCUUAUUUUGCAUUACGUAUCUGUGUCCGAUCCUUGAUGCUCGGACAUUGGUAUGACACUUAGACACUUCAUUUUGGGUGUAAAACUGAAUAUUUAGACGUAUCCGACACUUAGACACGUACCGGUAUCCGACGUCAAUACCCGAGUCAAGUAACAAAGACUACAGUAUUAGCAGUAAAGAUUAAACUUCAAGUCUACAUUGGCUCAAA